CGAUAGGUAAACAUAUUACUCCAUCCAACCCUAAUGUGAUAGAUCAUGUGCUUUUAGGAAAGUUUAUAAUACCGAUGUCUACAUUUGACCCUCAAAGUUCAUCUUAGCAAAGGUAUUACUAAUUUAAUAUUAAAUUUGAAAGUUUAGCUGGUUAUGCUAUGGAAGUAAACAUCAAUUUGUUUGUACUUUAAAUUCAUGUAUCAAUAAUUUAUUAAUAUUUUUGUGUGUAAACAGUAAACAUGUAGGUAGGUGGUACCUAUAUCUAUUUCGACAUUUCGUCCAUCAUUACUCGACUACCGUUGUCAAUUAAAAAGUGAUGGAACUAAUUUUAUACUUGACAGUUAUAUUAUAUAUGAACCCUUGUUGUUGGUGUGUAUCCAUAGUAAUAUUCAUGAAAUAUUCAUAGGAUUUUCAAGCUGAUUAUCAUACGCCACCAACUUUUGGAAAAAGUGAUGUCACAUUUGAUCCAGAUAAGAUACGUAAAACUUUAGGUUACGUAAGUUACGUCACAGAAACUGUCGACGAAGAAAAUAUUGAUACAGACAUGGACAGAUCUUGUAAUAGCUCUGGAAAAUUACUCUCAGUGGUUAUGAGUGCAAGUCAAUUUUCCGCCGAGGAUAGAGAAUACUUAAUUAAAGCCAUUGGAAAACCACUAACUUCUGGUUUGAAGGAAAUUAUAAAACGCCGACCAUCUAAUCCAACUCUGUACUUAGCUGAACAUUUAACCAACCAUUACGAUGAUCCGCAAUUAGAUCAAGAAAGCGGAGUGUUGCAACCCAGAGUUCAGACACAAGGUAUAAUCGACGGAGAUCAACCUCUGGUUUCUGAAAAUAUGUUCAGACCUUGGGAUGUAUUCAGUAACUAUCAGCCAGAAUUCAAAAAAAUUAGUCGCGUAAGACGUCUAGAAAAUACAAUUAUUUUUAUUAUUGAACGAACCGCGCUGCAUUACGCUAUGUCUGUAGAUCAAGUGGAAACAAUGAGUACAAUUUUAAUAGGAAGUGGGGCCAAUCGUAUAGCUAAAGACCUGAAACAGGAUUUUUAUGCUAAAAUCUUCUAA